UCCCCCCCCAACACACACCACACAACACCACCAGCACCAGCACCAGCCUCAGAGGAGCCCCGGCACAGGGACGACAAGGAGCCGGAGGAGGGAGGGGGCACACACAAGCACGCGUUCGCCUCGUCUCGAUGUCGGUUUAAUCGAGUCUGUUUUGGAGCUAAAUGAUCUGAGAGUCUCGACCAUGACUUCGGUUUGGAAGCGGCUGCAGCGCGUCGGAAAGAAAGCGGCCAAGUUCCAGUUUGCUGCUUCGUUUCAAGAGCUGGUUGUGGAGUGCACCAACAAGUGGCAACCAGACAAACUGAGAGUGGUGUGGAUCCGGAGGAGCCGACGUCACAGCACAAAGCUCCACAGCUGGCAGCCAGGGAUUAAGAACCCGUACAGAGGCCUGGUGGUUUGGCAGAUUCCAGAAAGUUUAGACAUCAAUGUCACGCUCUUUAAGGAACCGACUGCAGAGGAGUAUGAAGACAAAGACUGGACGUUCGUCAUUGAAAAUGAGACUAAAGGUCGCAGGAAAGUGUUGGCGUCGGCCGACGUCAACAUGAAGAAGUACGCCAGCGCCACGCCGGCCCAGUACGACAUAACGCUGAAGCUCAAACCUCUGUCGGUGAAAGUGGUGGAAGCCACGCUGAAGCUAAACCUGUCCUGCGUCUUCCUCAAGGAGGGCAAAGCCACAGAUGAGGACAUGCAGAGCUUGGCCAGUUUAAUGAGCAUGAAGCAGAGCGACAUUGGAAAUCUGGACGACUUCAAUGACAGCGACGAAGAAGUCGGCGAGGAGAGAAGGUCCAGCUUUGGGACUGCACCAGUAACAACUCAUGUCACUGCCUCUGCUCCCUCUGCUGCGAGAGUUCAUGACCUGGCUUGGAGACCAGCAGUUGAAUCAGGCCCCAUAGUAACAUCAGAGAUGGACUGGAAAAGCUCCUCUGGCGUUUCCUCCUCCACCAUCUCGGCCCCAUGUCUCCCGCCUCAGCCCGAACCCCCCAAUACGUCCUUAGCGCGAACCAUCACCCCCCAUGGCUUCUCAUUUCCGGCCAUUACAUGCAUUCACCCACCUGUACUCCCCAAAAUCUUCCAGCGGAGUGCCCGAUCAGCUCCUCAGCGGCCCACUAGCUUCCACUGUGUCCCGUCUCACACUGAGGCUCCCUCUGCCUUCACCCCCUCCAAAGCCCUCUCCACCUCCUCCCUGUCCUCCUCACCCUCCGACCCAUCUCUUCAUCACCACGCCUCUUUCUCUGCUACCUCCCAACCAGCCUGUCCUACCACUUACUGGAAAACAAAGAGCGUCCCUUCCCUUUCCUACGUCUCCUCCUCCUCCUCCUCCUCCUCCUCAGCUCCUCCCAGCUCCUUCCAUCCUCUAUCUCCACCACCGCCUCCCGCUCUGGGGGGACAUCCCCUAACUCCCGUCCCCACCCCCCUGGCUCAGUCGGGCUCUGCCCUCAUGAGACCCACCAGCCUCCCAUCUGCCCCAGAGACAGCCUCCUGGCAGACUGAAUGGAGGCCUCCUAAAUCUCAGGCGCCACUAGCGCAGCCGGACCUCUCUCCUGAGUUUCUGUAUCUCCCUGCGGAAGACGCCGAACAACCCGCGGUGCAGCAGAAAAAGCAGAGAAUAGAGACGCCAUCUUCAUCCUCUUUGCCCUCUGCUCCGUCUCUAAUGGAUUAUGCACAUGCUCCCUCCUGGAGGCCCCAGUUCACCCCUACCGUAGAGACCCCUUCACCUUCUCCUCUAAGUCCUCCCUCCGCUCCCGUCUUCUCUGGGUCUGCUCUUCCUCCAGUGCAGCCUCGCGUAGCCCACACUGCUGUAGUCUACCCCAGUGAGCAGGUGGCAGAAUUUAAGAGGCAGCUGAGCACGCUAAAUGAAGAGGAAAACCAGUGUACGACGCCUACAAGCCCUGACACCAGAGCCCCUGAGUUAUCCAGACUUUCAACACGGAAACCAGACACGACGUUUGGAAUCAAGGUGGUGAAGGCUACGGCAGGGCAAAUCGAAAAAGGAGAUAAAUCCUCCGAUAGGCCUGCUGCUACGACUCAAGGCAAUGAGCCAGCUCAGAAAACGGCGGACACUCUGGAAAAAGAACAGGCCAAUCCCUCCUUGGUGACGUCCAGCCAGUCUCUCCUGGAAUGGUGUCAGGAGGUGACUCAGAGUCACAAGGGAGUGAAGAUCACAAACUUCAGCACCUCCUGGAGGAACGGCCUGGCAUUCUGCGCCAUCUUAAAUCACUUCCACCCUGAAAAGAUUAAUUUUGAAAUGUUGGACCCGUAUGAUAUCAAGCAUAACAACAAAAAGGCUUUUGAUGGUUUUGCUGAACUUGGAAUCUCCAGGCUCAUCGAGCCCUCAGACAUGGUUAUGCUCGCAGUGCCUGACAGGCUCAUUGUCAUGACCUACCUCAACCAGAUCCGGACCCAUUUCACAGGCCAGCAGCUCAGUGUGCUUCACAUAGACAAGGACAGCAGCGAGUCCAGCUAUGCGGUGGAAGCAGACAGGGAGGUCCAAGAUGACCCCGAGGCAGCUGUUCGCUACUGCACCCAGAGGCUCCAGGAGGAAGGCAUAAAUCUUGAGACCAAUGGGAGUGCAAGCACAGCGGAGAAGGACUCCAGUAAAACCGGUAAGGAUGUGGUUCCACCGCCGCGAACCAAGCGGUUGCAGGGUGCCGGGGCCGGUGGGGCUCAGUCUCCGGUGGCACCACCAAGGACUCAUUUCAUGUCCAAGUCGGGCUUCUCCCAUGUCAAAGAUGCAGAUCUGGUCAAGAAGCGUAGGUCACAGCGGAGGAGUGGGUCGGUAGAAGAAGGAGACAUAUCAACGGCUGUUGCAGGGCAAGAAAACCGUAGGAAGUCAGAAAUUGUGAGAGGAGAGGCUGAGGCUGAGGAGGGAAGACCAGAUUGUCAGGACCCGAACCAGUACGUGCUGAAUCAGAUGGAGGCCCUGGAGGCUGAGCAGAACCACGUUGAUAACAGAGCAGGUGUGGUGGAGAGGAAACUCAGACAGUUACUGGAAACAGGCAGUGACAAGGUGGAAGAAGAGAGGCUGAUCCAGGAAUGGUUUACUCUGGUCAACAAGAAGAACGCUCUGAUCCGGAGGCAGGACCAUCUUCAGCUGCUGCUGGAAGAACAAGACCUGGAAAGAAGAUUUGAGCUCUUAAACAAAGAGCUGAGGGACCUGAUGGCAAUUGAUGAGUGGCAGAAGACUCCAGCCCACAAACACAGAGAGCAGCUGCUGCUUCAGGAACUGGUGUCACUGGUGAACCAGAGGGAUGAGCUGGUCCAGAGUCUGGAUGCUAAGGAGCGAGGAGCUCUGGAGGAGGACGAGCGUCUGGAGCGUGGCCUGGAGCAGCGGAGGAGGAAGUACGCCAAGCAGCAGAAAGAGAAAUGUAUGAUGCAGUGAAUCCAACGAGCACCAAAUGUUGAGUGAAACUGUAAAACAAAAGAAAGAAAGAAAGAAAGAAAGAGGAUAAGGAUAAAAAGAAGAGAAUGGGUCUUUGCUGUCAGAUUGAUUGAUUGAUUGAUUGGGUGACUGACUGGUUGAUUGAUUAGUAGUAAAACCUGACUGUUUGUUGGUUUGUUGGUUGGUUGAUUGACUGAUUGAUUGAUUAAUUGAAGUGGCUUUGAGUCAGUAGUAAGAAGAUAUUUAGGCCUAAACCGCUGUUCCAAAGAGUUUGCUUCUGCCAGAUAACACACUAAAAAUGGACGACAUUGCUGCCCCAGUGUAGUUUAGUCUCUGAAUGAGCUCCAGUGUUCGUUCGCUUCUGCUUUCCGGUGCCUUAAAAUGUUUCCCUCCUCUCCACACGUUCAAAGCUUGAAGCCUUACAGGAGUUGAUUGAAUGCUUCUGCACGAUUCUGCUGCUCCUUAGGGACCGUUGUUACACGUCGUAGCUAUGUGGUGUGUUUGACUGAGAGUGUGCAUGUGAGUGAGAGUCGAUCUAGAAGACCGACGAUAGAGGCCGGGGUUGAUCGGAAAUACCCGACAAGUCCUCUGAAAACUACAAAAUGCACAUUGCCAAUAGGAUCCAGGACCACCCCCCCCGUACGGAUGUUUUUGGAUCUAUUUCUCCAAUCAGUUCACCACUGUUGCCUCAUCAUAGGAUGUGCCACAAUAUUACGACUGUGAAAGAGAAAGUUUUUCAUUUUGUUUGUUGUUAUUUUUUUUUUUUUCUUUUUCAAGAUUUACAAGAUUGUGUUUUAAUUUCGUAUUUGGGGUUUGGAUUAUACGUCGCAGAGUGGAAUGUAAGGACAAGGACACAUAGCCAUGACCGUGGAACAGCUCAGAGACUUGUUGGAUUUAUCCAAGUUUUAUUAUUUAUUAUUAGAAUUAUUUAUCAUUCAGAUAUUUGCAUCGUUGUGUAGUUCUCCCGCAAUUAGUGAAUUUGAACAUUUCUGCACGAUGAAAGCCAUAUAUGCACGAGCUACGUUAUGAAAGUGUGAAAUGUAUGGGACAGAUAUCAUGAAAGCUUUAAAAACCGACCUUAAAUCUUCAUUUUAAAACUUUUACAUUUGCACUUUUCUUAAAAUUCGACCUUUCAAACUGCUGCCAAAGUUCUUUAUUUUUCUUCCCUCCGGUUUUUAAACAUGUUGUGAUAUUAAUCCCAUAGAAAAUGAAGCUUCCUCCUUGUCUUUACUCUGAGAGGUUUUUAUAGUUUUGUUUUUCAAGGAUUUUCUGGACCUGAGAGAUUUUUAUUUUGUGUGUUCUCCUCAUGCCAAUGCCCUGAGCACCAACCUGUGUGUUACGUACCAAAAAGUCAAAAAGGAUGUUGCUGUUGGAAAAUGUUUUUACCUGUGGCUUUUGUGUUACCAGAGCUCCAUUUGUAAAAGUUUGAAAAAAAAAAAUACAAAACAUCUGAAAGCCUUCA